AUGUAUCGUGUUCCAAGUACAAAAGAAGUUACCCCCGGCGCUUCUGUCAACAUCGUUCUCAAAGCCGACCAACGAACCGGAAAACAAGUGCAGGGAACCAUUGCAAAUGUUCUGACACGUGGAAACCACCCACGGGGCAUCAAAGUCAGGCUUUCUGAUGGUCGUGUCGGAAGAGUUCAGUCCAUGAUGACAGGGACAUUUAUUACAACCUCACCCUCGACAGCCGAAUCAAAUUUGAUGAACACCUCGGCGCCGGAAGUUCCAUCGCAAAUCAUCGGCUUAGAUGCAUACGUCAAGCAAGGGAAGCAGAAGAAGCAGCGGAAGGGAGGUGAAUCCAAUACACAGCCGACAGAUACAGACGUCGAGGCCCGACAUGCUUCAGCGGAAGUAAUAACAUGCCCUGUCUGUGGCGAGUUCACCGGUGAUGAAGCCGCCGUCGCUCAUCAUGUGGCAAGUCAUUUUGGUGAUUGA